UCGGCGAGAGAGAGCAAGAGGGAAGAGAUUUAGAGAGCAUCGUCGAAUCAGAGAAAUGGCGAAAUUCGAUCCCUGGCCGGUGUUUUUCAGGAGAGAAUGGAACCGUAACUGGCCAUUCUUGGUUGGAUUCGCCAUAACUGGCACCAUCAUCACCAAGUUCUCUCUUGGCCUCACUGAGGAGGAUGCCAAGAACUCUCCCUUCGUGCAGAGGCACAAGAGGUGAAUUCCCAAAUGCCUAUGCAGCAUUGAAUCAGCAAUAUGCCUCUUCCCAUGGAGAGGACAGUUAAUAUGUUUCUGCAGUGAUGUUAUCCAAUAAUAACAGAAUGCCUUCAAGACUAGUUCUGAAUUAAUUUUGUAAUUCAUCACUUCUCCCAUUCCUCUCCCUUUUUCUUUCGUGGAUUUAUUAGUCUUGAAGUUUAUGAUCAUUGAUCAACUGGGCAGCCUUGGCGUGCAAGUAAUGGGAUAUUUGACAGUGAGCUUUCUUUUAUGUGCAUGAUGGGUUAGAAUUUGAAUCUGCUAAAAUCAAUUUGGGAGGUUGCUUUUUCCCCUAAAAAAUGUUAAUUGGUUGUUGGUGUGA